UCGCAAGAGAGUAUCGUAUGCGUGUUGUGAACAUUAUUUUGCAAAAUAGGCUUUUAUUAUUUUUGAUUAAAAUUGUUAUAACUAGUUUAAUGUAGUAAGCUAUUGCAAAAUUUUAGUCGUUAGUGUUUACUCUUGUUAUAAAGUGCCGUUGCACGUGUAAAAUUCGUACGAGCGGUGGACUGCAACCUACUUUGUUCCUGUUGACCUGUGCUGCACUGUGAUUGUUUUAAAAGGUCACCAGUACGCCUGCCCAGCCUUAGUCUGGAAUCAUCACUGCCAACUAUUCCGCCCUGCAGCGCGCUUAAUGCCGCCAUGCUAGACAAGAUUUAUAUUAAUUAUAAUAAGGAAGCUCAAGGGUAUAGAAAGUUCGAGAGGUACUGGCGCACGUGACGUCGACGGGAGUGCAAGGAGGGCGACAUGAGUCAGUCGCAGGACGAGGCCCGCGCGGCCAGGAUACAGAAGUAUAAAGAGGAGAGAAGAAAACAGCUGACGGCUAGAACAGCGACGCUAUUUUCUGCUAAUGUCACUGAGAGGCGCACGAAAAGAUCAACCGACCUACCGCCCUCAGAAGAUGUUGGUGCUCAUCUUAAGUCUUCCUCGGAGCUAAAUCUUAACACAGCUUCAACUUCAGUGCCUAUUAGAACAACGCGUACGUCACGUCUCAGAGCUGCCGCUGCCAAUCUUUCCGACACCUCGCCGUCUCCUAGAAAAUCUAAUAGAAGUUCAUCUGUCCAAUCAUUACUUGAAGACGCCAAAAUGAGAUCACCCAAAAAUUCCAAGUUACUAGAUAGAGAUAAACGAACGAAUAGAAGACAGAGCAAUGAAAAAGAAAACUUUAAGGGCUCGUCUUCGACGCGCUCGGAUAAAGAUUAUGGUGCUAUUAAGACGAAAUCGAAACAUUCCAUUAAUAAAAAUAUUUUAGAAAAAGACAAAAAUAAUUUUAUAGUGACUAGUCCUAAAGGAAAGAAUGUCGAUGAGAAGCGCAGUUCUAAAUUCGAUGAUAGUAGAAACACGAAUUCCAUAAACGAAGAAAAGAAAUCGAAUAGUGAGAUAAACGAAAGAAAACACGAAAAACCAUUACGAGUCAAUAGUGAAGAGUUUUUUAACGAUAUUAUAAACGAUAAAGACAUGUCUAAUGGUAUAGAUGAAGAUAAAAUCGACGAUUUGUUUAAUAAUCUUGUUGUUGCUGAUGUGGAAGUCCAGAAUGGUAUCAGAGUUGAGGAGAUUGAUCAGAUUCUGGAGAGUGAUGGGCUCAAAUAUAGUCACAAUAGUUGUAUUCCUGCCGCUGAUAAAGCAAUAGAUGUUAAUGUUGAUUAUGUAGAAGAUAGUGUAGUGCCAAAAGUGAAAGAGGACGUUGGAGGCUUGCUAGGGGCCGUGUGUGUGCGCAAAGUGGAAAGGUUCAGUGAAUUGCUCAGCAACUUGUGUUCGCCUUGCGAGGCGGACAUAUUGUUCGAAGAUAUCCUGGUGGAAAAUGGAAUUGAUGGUGAAAAACAUGUGCGUACGAAUGGUCCGGAGUGUACGGCUCCGUGCCGGCGCGCGCAGCCUUCCCCGCGAACCACCAGCACACCCAAGCGAACUCCUGCGCAGCCAACUGCCAACAAUGAUGCUGCCGGAAGCGUCGCAAAACCCAGAUCACGCCGGUCCCUUGAAGCACCACACCCCAAGACUGAAAGCUCACUGCCGUCUUCCAAAGUAUCUCCUAAAACUACUUUAAAUUUAUCUUUUGGAAUCAAAUCGACUCCACUUAAGUCUUCACCUUCAAAUUCUUCUCCCCCAAAGACUUAUGACAGGCGUCGAAGUCCUGAUUCUGGUUCUAAACCUAGUUGCAUUCCUCUUUCCAAGAAACCCUCUGAUCGAAAUUUGCGGACAUCUACAUCGCCGGUUAAGCAGGACUUAACCCGAGACACAAUAUCAAGCAGAUCGAAAGCAGAAACGCCCAGAAAUAGAUCAACUCGCAAAAGUCCAGAAAAAGCCAAGAGUGAUACAGAAAACAAUCGUAUCGAUCGAAGACAUCGAGCUCAAAAAGAUAGUGAAAGUCUUAGCGAAAAAUAUCAUUAUUCAAAGAAAAGACUGACUAGUUUAGAAAAUAAUUCUCCAAGAAAAUCGAAUGAGAAAAACGUUUCGCCUAAAACUCUUUCGAAUGUUACUUCCCGAGCUAACCAAGAACCAAAUGUUAAUGCUUGUGGACUAGAAAAUUCUAAAGUUACGAAGAUGUCUACACUUCACGAAACUGUUAGACCACAUAGUUCUAGACUUUCUCAGGAGAUGGACAGCUUAGCUGCAUUGACUAAACAGACAUUAGAUAGGGUUAACAAAUUGUCGAAUAACUUAACUAGUAAUAAGAUAAAUUUAGACACACCUGAACCUCGUUUUGACUCCAUAUUCGCACCGAAAUCUGACCUGAGACAUAACAAUCACGCAUACAACUAUGGUUUAAUUAAUCACGAAAGGCCUGUACAUAACAGAGGAGUAACUGAAAGGUUAAGAGAUAUAGACACGGCAGCUCAGAGACUGAUUGAUUUUGAAAAGCAAAGUGCAAUGUUUUCUGAUCUCAAUAACGAUACGUCUAGUCAAAGUCGCCGUCUUGAUACGUCAUCAUCGUCCUGUAGUCAUACGCCUGUGUCUAUCUUAAAACGGAAAUCUAUUCACGAAGACAGUGCCGCAUCGAAUACUACUAAUCAAGCCAUUGCUUCCCCUCCAGUUACAUUUUCACCAAGCGUGGUCGAACCACGAAAUGGUCGCUCUGAAAGUCGACAGCGGCAAGGGAUACUAAAGAAACGUCGAAGCUUAGAUGAGUCGCAAGUAGCUCGAAGACGAUCUUGCAGCCCGGAAGUGUCUUUUGCUGAAGAUGGUUCUCUAGAAACAAAUAAAUCCAUAUUGAAAAAUAGGAGAUCUUCUCUAGAAGACGUUGUUAGAAAUAGAUCACCUGAUGGCCAAAUUCAAGGAAUACUUAAAAGAAAAAUGAGUCGAGAAGAAGAACUUCACACUGAUGAUCUGUCUCAAAGUUCGCCUGAGCCUCAUGGCAUACUAAAACGAAAAUCUAAUUCUAGUUCUAGUAGCAGUACUGCAUCAUCCCAUGUUUCUAUUGCUCAAGCUGUGUUAUUAGCAGCAGCGGGUGGUGCAGAAAUAGUGGAGGACGAUAAAGAAAUUGUGAGACCAAUAUUGAAGAAAAAGAGUUUCUCAGAGGAACGACCAUCUCCUGAUGUAGUGCUAUCCGAUACACCCAAGCCCAUACUUAAGAAAAAAUCGACCGAGUUUGAUGAUUACGAUUUCGACCUGCCUAAAAAGCCGAUCUUGAAGUCAUCGAAAAAGUUGUCCGGAGACGAAGGACAUGCUUCUAGUUUCGAUUUGAGCGAAGACGACCGAAGCUCCCGAAGGCCUUCCCUCCUACGUUCCAGGACAUCUGAUCAUUCAGGAUCGGAGUGUGAAACAGCAGUGAGACCUAUUUUAAAGCAAAGAGGUUCGAGUUUGACUAGGGAACGCAGCCAAUCGCCGCGCCCACGGCUCUCUUUUUGCGCGGACAACGAUGCGAACAUUAUUAGUGUGACGAAUUUCAGUUGCGACGCGAACGACUUGUCGGCGGCUGGACCGCGACGAGUCUUGAAUCUCGCGCCCGCUCCCAACCCGGAAGAGAGCUAUCCGAGCGCAGUGCUCCGUCGGAGAAAUCUUCGGCCGAAGACAAACCCUCGGUCUAAAAGCCUCGCGUGUGAUGUAAAUGAUGAGUUGUUGUCUAUAUUGAACAACAGACGACAAAAAGUUGACGAGAAUUGUGAAAACGGAUUUUGUGAACCCUGGAAUAGCGCAUUUAACAACGAAACAGGGGACGAUACCAAACCUAAAUCGUUUCCAUCAAUUGCUUCCAGAAUUAAAUCUAUGGAGCAAGCACUAACUAAAGACCUUUCCAGAGACCAGCCGUCUACUUCUAAAGCAAGAACUCGUGACAAGGAACGCUACAAAACUCAGCCCAUCACAGUGGAAGAGAUGCGGUCGAUAACAUCCAGUUUGGAACCGGGCCAAGCGCGUUUCCCAGCGUUCGGCCCCGCGGGCUGUAGUUUUCCGAGCCGACCCGUCGAGUCCGGUAUUGCUCCCUCUAUCAGGGGCCCUUAUCCCCUACCAGGGGAACCCGAACCAGAUCCCUUCGCAGACUUCGCACAGGCAUUGGAUUCACCACCCUACGGCGUAAUCUCGUUCAAUGCCAAGUCUCCUACUACAGCCAAUGGGUUUUCCGAUGGUGGCAGUAACAAGGACGACAGCUACGGUGAAGCAACAUUUCUAGACUUCGAAAACAUUGACGUGAAUUCUGAAAGGAAACAGUCAACGUUAGAUGAAAUUGAACAAGAAGUGGACAAAGUGCGCGUGGCGUUAGACGAGGACAGUCGCGCUCUAGAAGAAGACGAAAGGCACCAAGCCGAGGCUGACAACUGGAGCUUGAAUGUGUCGUGUGACAGUGGAGUGUAUAACCGUGCUUCCUCCAGAGAUUCCGGUCCACAUUCCGGCGAGGAGCUUGGUUUGAUUGAAAGCCAAGAGAUCAGGGACAAUCACGCAACAAACAGCAGUAGCAACGAGUGGUCUUCUUCGUCUAUCGAGCGUGGUCUUCUCACCAUGGAUCGUGAGAGGAAGUCCACCGAAAACGAGGCUCUGAGGAGUCCUGAAGAAGCAGGCAGCGAUGAUGAGAACAGGGAACCUAGUGGAUUUGCUCUCGGUCUGGUCAAGAGCAACAGUGUGGUGGCUCGGGCCAGCAUGUGGCAACAGCUGCAACAGCAGGCUAAAGGCACUCCGAAACCUCUGCUCCGUCACAGUCGCUCCAAGUUGAAGGAGGGACCUUCCGUGGUGGACAGGUUCAAAAGCCAGCCCAUAUCCUUCCCAGCGCCCGUGGUGAGCCCGAAUGAGUCUACCGAGGAACAAGCACUCCCCCUGCCUCAAUCCAAAAGUACUGCCAACGUGCUCGACAGGGACGAAGAUGCUAAGUUAGACGAAGACGACCCGGCGAAGAUGUCCCUGUCGGAGAAGAUGAAGAUGUUUAACUCGAAGCUGACGCACAAGCCGCCGGUGGCGGGCGCGGGCGGGGCGCGGGCGCGGGCCGGCCGGCUGCGCACCAUGCCGGUGCUCGCCAGCCAGCUGCAGCAGGCCCUGGACCAGAACGAGCGCCUCACGAAGUCGCUCACUCACGACGAUGUGCCCCGUAAUAACGAUUUUCAAUUGAAAAUGGAGCUGUUCCGUUCGGCCAGCGCCAAGAACACGUCUUUAGAGUAUAUUAUGAGGCAGAACGCCAAGUUUAGGAGCUUAGAUUUGGAUGACGAUUCUCCAUCGGAGCGGGCUCAGCGCAUGAUAACGCCCGAAGUUAGGGGCAUUCUUAAAUCCGGCUCAACUGUUGUGCCUUCCAGGCCCAAGACCUUAGCCAAGGGAGAGAGCUCAGAGGUUUGUACAGGCCUCAAAGACGAAGGCAUCGACAGUUCCUCGGACGAAGAUUCGGUAUCUACAAGCGUAUCAUCAUCGGAGAAAAGCUGUUCAUCAUCAGACAGCUCCGACGAGCUCCCAGACCCAAAACCUAGAAGAUUCCAACGCAAACCGAACAAACUGAAGUCUUCUAGAACAGAAUCAGAUAUACCAAGACAUCCAGAAGCAUUCCCCUGUAAAAUAAAGCUACCAGGAGCGAAUGAAUUAAAGGAGAGGUUGACGCAAGCCAAAAACCCUGAUGUUAAAAUCCCAAUGCUGGGUAAACUUGGCAGGAAACCCUCAGAAGAAGCGAAGAAGGAAGACGACCAGACCCGAUACAGAAGAUUCGUCAAGAAGAUUGAUGAGCCUAUUCAACUAGGCAAGUUGAGAAGGCCGGCGGAGAAGGUGCCGCCUCCAGCCCAAGAAGUUCCACCUCCAGUGCUUAAGAUAUCUGCGUUGAACCAGGCUGCUAAGAACAAGUUCUUCGGUCUGGACCCUGUGAAGAAAGAGAAAAGUAUUGAUGAGCUAACAGCAGCCGUCAGAAAAUACAUUCCACCUGUAAGCAAAUCAGUGUCAUCCCACACGAUGGAGAUCCCAGGCUCGGGCAGCGACGGGGAGAGCAGCGGCGGCAGAGAGGUGCGGCACAUCAACACCAGGGGGCGACACAGGGUGGGUGGCGGUGUGCAACGCAGCGCCACACAUGCCGAAAUGCCGCAUAAAGGAGGAGGCACCAUUGCCGAAAGGCUGGCGGCUCUUCAAGCAGCGGGCGCGAACGACUGGAGAGCGCGGGUCUGUCGACUGAGCCCCGAGAGGGAAGACUCCAAGGCCAUCGAGCGAGCCAAGAAUAGAAUCAAUGAAUCUCUAAAUUCGGUCGACGACAAGAAGAAAGGCAUCGAUGACAACGAAUUGGGGACCACAAACAUUCUAGCAGAUAGAAGGAACAAAUUGGAAACAGCUGCACAAGGCUGGCGCAAACGCGUUCCUCAGACCGAUGCCUCUCUGUUCACCGUAGCUGGUAGAUUAGAGAGGGACAAGGUAGUGUCAGCGACUCCACCCGUCACUCCGCCUCCCGCAGCCGCGCCUGUGACCGCCUCGCCGGGAAUACCACCACCUAAUACUUUUAAAUCUCGUAAGCAAACGUCUCCUACGAAUGGAUUCGCUUCGGGUCCACUUCGGUCAGCUUCGUGUGCCGUCGUGAGCGCGGCUGCUGUCGACCCGAAGCCCAAGACCAAUAGAAUUGAUAGAGAAUCCUUCAAACGAAGCCACUCUGUCAGUGAGAGUAUCAGCAGGGUUGAUGAGAAAGAUGAGUCCUGUGGUGCUGAGAAGACAGGCCAGCCGGUGCGUGUACCCCGUACCGAUGAUGAGACGUUUCAAGCGUUCUUCACGCCCGCCUUGCAGCAGGAGAGGCUGGCAGACACCGAGGGUGUUGAUGUCGACCUCGACGCCAUUGACAGCGGGUCUAGGCAAUUACUGGCAAGUGAAUGGUCCCGUCGCGCCCGCGUGGGUCGGCGGCACGCUGCGUCCCGCAACCCGCUCCGCGCCCUCGCAGCGCGCACUGACCUGCGGGACGAAUACGUUCCACCACCGCCCACGCUCAAACAGAACUAUGUCAUCGAGAAAUUGGCCAGUAACGGCGGGUUAGCAGCGGAAGCGCUGGCGGCGCUGGCCAGCAAGGAAGACUUCGCGGCGGUCGCACUGCGCAGCGCGGCCGCCGCGCCCGCCGCGCCCGGCGCCAGGCCGCUCAUGUUGCUGCACGUCAAGGGGAGGAGGAGGGUGCAGACGAGAUUAGUGGAGCCGGUCCACACGAGCGUCAACCGCGGAGACUGCUUCGUGCUGAUCUCGUCAGACCAACUGUUCCUCUACAUCGGACUCUACGCCAACGUCAUUGAGAAAAAUCGCAGCACAGACAUUGCCAUGCACAUCCAAAACACAAAAGACAUGGGCUGCAAGAACUCCCCCGGUAUCAUCAAAAUAGACGAACAAAUCAAAAACUUCAGCCACAAACAUUGGAACCAGUUCUGGUCUCUUCUUGGCGUUACCGAAAACGUUGAGAACUACAAGCCAGUGGAGACAGGGCACGCUGAUGAAGACGAGAUCUUCGAGUCCUGCAUCCUGCAGACCAACAUGUGCUACGAGGUCAUGGACGACGAGCUCGUGCCCAUCCAGGAGUACUGGGGACAAGUUCCCAAGAUCGCCAUGCUCAACCAAACCAAAGUGAUCGUGUUUGACUUCGGAUCCGAAAUGUACAUCUGGUACGGGAAGAAUGUUCCCCUCGAGAGUCGACGCCGCGCGGCACAACUAGCGCAGGAAAUGUUUGACGAAGGAUACAACUACGAGGAGUGUCACAUCAACCCCUUGAACGCUGCCAAGUACCAGGGCGCGCGAGAGGCCACCGAUCCUCCCGCCAAGUCCGCCAACAGCCGACCUGAAUGGGCCAUCCUAUCCAAAAUCACACAGCACAUGGAAACCAUUCUGUUCAAGGAGAAAUUCCUCGACUGGCCCGACUACACCAGAGUCAUCAAGGUCAAGUCACCAGAAAACAAGAGUAACAGCGUUGAAAUCAACCCCUGCGAUGCCGAGGAGAUGUGGUCGAACGAGUACCAGGAUCCAGAUCUCAUUUUAGAAGGAUCUCACAUCGGCCGCGGCACGCACUACUACGACAAGGAGAACAUGAGGCACUACGACAUUAAGACCAAGUCCGUAAGCAAGUGGGUGAUACAGGAGUACGAUUUCCAAAAAGUUGAGGACGAAUCCGAGAUCGGUGAGUUCUUCUCUGCCGACAGUUAUAUUAUUAGAUGGGAGUACCAGAUCACGAUGACCGGUCGCGAGCUGAACGGGAAACCGUCUAAACAUAACGUUACGGGAAGAGAUCGGUGCGCGUACUUCUGCUGGCAGGGACGGGACGCCAGCUCGAACGAGAAGGGAGCCGCCGCAUUACUCACUGUCGAGCUCGACCGGGAGAAGGGGCCGCAGGUCCGCGUCGCACAAGGGAACGAGCCGCCUGCCUUCCUCAACCAGUUCCAAGGGAAUCUAGUCAUCCACCAAGGCAAGAGGGACUCCGACAAGAGCCGGUACAGACUGUUCGUGACGCGAGGCAAUCUGUCCAACGAGGCGUACUUACUGCAGGUGCCUUGUUCAGUGCGACAACUUCGUAGUCGGGGCUCACUACUCUUGGUCGAUACCGAGAAGGGAUGCCUAUACAUCUGGCACGGAGCAAGGAGCAUGAAGCAUACUAAAGACAUUGCAAUCGAGCUGGCUAACAAGCUCAUAGCGAGGAAGUCGAGCUACUUAUUCGGGGAGAACGUGUCUGAUGUAAAGAUCACAGAGGUUCGAGAGGGUGAGGAGCCGAAGGAAGUUCUAGAAGCUCUGGGCGUAGCGAACAAGCAACAUUACAUGUCAGUGCUGGGCGGGGGCCGCGAGGUGGGGGGUAGUUCCCCUCGCCUGUUCCACUUCACCGACCUGGGAGGACAGUUCGAAGCCAACGAGGUGUUGUCUCCGCUCCGCCACGAGCACCUGGUGACACCCUUCCCUUUUGACCAAAAAGAGUUGUACUCGGCUUCGCAACCAGCUCUGUUCCUGCUGGACGACGGAGCGUGUGUGUGGCUGUGGCAGGGCUGGUGGCCGCGCGGGGAGGACGGCGAGCUGGAGCCCGCUGAGAGGAACGCGGGUGUUGGAGCAUUCGCAGCCCGUUGGCAAGCUUUACGAGUAGCAGCCCUACGUACUUGUGAUGCAUACUGGCGCGUGUCACGACCCGAGACUCGACCCGACGUACGUCUAGUAGCUGCCGGCCUUGAACCACAGGCCUUCACCGACCUGUUCGAUACCUGGGUUGAUCACGACGAGGCAGCCGAAGCCAAUAUCAACCUGGGCCACAAGGCGGGCGAGGCGUGGUGCGGCGCGCGCGAGCUGGCGCGGCUGACGCGCGCGGCCGCCGAGCUGCCGCUGGCCGCGCUGCAGCGCCGGCCCCUGCCCGACCACGUCGACCCGCACCAUCUCGAGCGACAUCUCUCCUCGCCUGACUUCCUGGAGGCUUUCGGCAUGACCAAAGAAGAGUUCUCGGUGCUCCCCGCGUGGAAACAGACCAACAUGAAGAAGGACGUCGGCCUGUUCUGACGCGCUCGUCGUCUACAUUAUAUACACAUUUUGUACAAUCGCAGCUCUUUCGUACUUUUUUACUGAACAAUGUCGUCAAAGGAUUUGAUACAAUUAAUGUUAAGAGCACGCUUAUAUUCUAUAGUAACGUUUGUACUAACGGUAUGUACUACCUAACGAUGUAUUCGCGCUCGUGAUAUUUUCAUGUAACCGCCGUAGACUUAGGCAAGUAGUUGAUCUGAAGGAUUUGGAACUUGGAAUUGUUUAAAGUUGGAGUUGACACGAUCGUCACAACCGCACCCGCGCCUCAUGUUUGUAUAUAGUCGUUUUAUUUGAUUAUUUAUUUCUUAACUAUCAUUUUUCUCAUUUAUUAUUAUCAAUGUUUUAACUAUGUAUUUAAUUUUGAUGUAAUAUUUUGUAGUUUUAUAGAUAUAUUUUUGUGUAACUAUGUAGGUGCGGAUGUGGCGGGCUGACUAAGAGAAUACUGGUGAUAUUUUAAAAUUCGAUUGUAAGAUGCGACCGGGCGGUGCGUCGCGCCGGAGAGAGUAAUUUUGCUAAUAAUAUCACGUAACAUUUAUAUAUAGGGCGCGCCGCCCGGCUGCGUCCGCGCGGAACGUUUAGCAAAUGUCUGGUCAAGUAAAGGUUAUUUGUUAUAAACCGCUAGAUUUACACAAGUACUUUACUACUAUUGUAUUCGCUUUAGGAGUAGGCUUAUAUAGCUCUGUGGCGUUUGGAAUUGAGUACUGAUCGUAAACUUGUGAUAUUGUUCAUUUGCGCUAAUCGUGUGCUAAAUUAAAUUCGUAGCAGACUGUUGUUGAAAUUGUUAGUAAGUAAUUCCAAUGGCACAGAGCAACUAUUAUGUAUAUUUUAACACAUCACAUAUCUUAUCUACUCAUUGCAUCUUUUUAUACUGUGCGUUCGGUGGACCAUGAUAAACUUUUAAUAAUUAUGUAAUCUUACGGUGUUCCGAAUAGCGCGGCCCCGCGCCUGCCAGACUCGCAGUGUGACUACCAAUGUUAGUGUUGCUGGCGGCGGUGCCAGCUCGCGCCGGGCUCGUACAGCGGGGCUCACGUCCUCGCACUGUUUGUAAUUUAUUUUUGAAGCUGUUGGUAUGUUGUGUACAAUUUUAGAAGUUUAUUUUUUAUAUUCUAGCUUAUUGCCAAGUGUGAACGUCGUACGACGACUAUCUGGUUCGCGAAGGAGAAAUUGCCAGUACUGUAAAAAUUACUGCCAAUGAGUAGAAUAACUCUACAGUCAUACUUUAUUAGUUAACGAAAUACCACUAUUGUAAACUUAUUUUAUGUCCUAAAUGCAUUUACGGCCACUUUUAUCGAAGGCCUACGGUGACAUGAACAUCUCAAAUCCAAUUUUUAAUAUUUUGCUUUGGUUGUGUUACUUAUACCUAAAUAAUUAUUGUACUUGAGGAUUAUUUUGUACUG